AUGGCGAUCCACGACGAUGUCCAAAUCGGUGACGUCGUCAACGUGCCUGGGGGCAUGUUUGGUACAGUGAAAUACCUGGGGUCCGUGGCGGGCAAGCCGGGUCGAUUUGCGGGCAUCGAGUUGAGCAAUGAGCAUGCGGCUCGCGGGAAGAACAGUGGAGAUGUGGAAGGACGAAAAUACUUUGCGACCUCAGUUCCUGGCUCAGGGAUCUUUGUGCCCAUGAACAACAGCAAGUACGUCACUCGACGAGCCACGUCAAACAACUUCGCCGUGCCUACAACUCCGGGGCGUGCCCCGCCUGUCAACUUCAGCAAGUCAGUUGGCCCGAGUCUCUCUACGCCUCGUCCUCGGAUUCGUCGUCCCUCACUCCCUCGACCCGAGUCACCACGCGUUCCUCCCCCGAAGCUGAGCUUGGGCGGCCUACGCACUCCAUCCGCCGUCUCGAGAACAUCAGCCUCCAAUGGAUACCAACGGAGCCCUACCAAGGCUCCGUCACGGCUCUCGGAUCGGCCACCAUCCAGAGUUAGUGUCGACGACGAUGCCUCGUCAUAUGGUAGACCAUCCGACUUUCAGCGUCCAUCCUCGGCAGAGACUCAAGAUUUGAAGGAUCAGGUUAAAAGUUUGGAAAAACAACUAUCGGAUCGGGACAAGCAAUUGGAUGAGCAGACAAAGAUCCUCGGCGAUUUCCAAAGGACCAUGGAGGAACUGGAGGGCUCGGACGCUAUGUCGAUCCGUGCUCAGCUUCGGGAAAGGAAUGAUCGGAUUAACCAAUUGACCGCUGAGUUCGAUGGCCACCGAGCUGAUUUCCGUAGCACCCUUGACACAUUGGAGAUAGCCGCCUCCGAGACUGAGCGUGUCUACGAGCAGCGUCUGGAUGAACUGCUGCAACAGAACAAGGAGCUCCAAGAUCGCGGGGAAGAUGUGGAGAUUGUGGCUCAGCAACUGAAGCAGCUGGAAGAGCUCGUCUCAGAGCUGGAAGAGGGCCUGGAAGACGCCAGACGAGGUGAGGCUGAAGCAAGAGCUGAAGUCGAGUUCCUCCGUGGCGAGGUCGAGAGGACCAAGUUGGAGUUGAAGAAGGAGCGCGAUCAUUCGGCGGCAGCGCUGAAGGAUGCGCAUGCCGCGGCCGAUGGGCCUCGGCACUCAAAUGAAAUUGAGCAAAAAGAUGACGAGAUUCGAGGUCUGAAGGCUAUCAUUCACUCCUUGAGCCGUGGAAAUCCCAAUGGCAAUCACAAGGAUGGCGCAGAUGCUCAGAAUGAACAAAAUGAGCGCAUUGCCCAGCUGGAGCAACGGCUCCAAGAAACCGAGGGCAACACUGAACGUAAAGACACCCGCAUCGAAGAGCUAGAACGCCAACUGCAGGAGCUCCAGGUGAGUUCCCACGAGGGAGGUCGCAACCGCAGCUCCACUGUGACCCUCUCUCCGCCCAAGCAGCACAAGCCAUCUGGCUCCCAGGGUAACAUUGCCGUGAACAACAUCAAUCAUGAUCACCGUCUCUCUGAUCGUACUGUUGUCCCUACCGACUGGCAUGAUGCCCCAUCAGAGCCUCGCCAGCAUAACCGCGGCAUGUCCAAUUCGUCGCAACGGCUCGAGCCUAUGCCCGAGUCGGAACGCUCUUCUGAUGACGAUACGUUGUGGUGUGAGAUCUGCGAAACGGGUGGCCAUGACAUUUUGAACUGUACUAGCAUGUUUGGGGCGGGCAACAAUGCCAAGGCUAAGGCCGAGGUCCCGAACGACCACGCUGGAAAGCCCGAUGACCACCACGAUUUGAACCAAACCGAUGACAGUGAAAUCCACGAUAAGACUCCAUCUCCCAAGACGGGUCGAGAUGUCGUCCUUGAGGGACUGAAGGGUAUUGGUGGUCUAGGCAAUUCCAUGGCGCCCGUCGCUGGCAAGUCCUCCGGAGUCAUUGACGAGUCCAAGUGGUGUGCUCUCUGUGAGCGUGAUGGACAUGAGAGCAUUGACUGUCCUUUUGAUGAAUAA